AUGUUGAUUAACUCUUCUUUAUUUAGGUACCUUACUGAUGCCUCAAAACUACGGACCCCUCCAAGAUCGCAAGUUGAUGAGAUUAAUGAGAAAUAUUUAUCGUCAACCGAAUGUCCAAAUCAUGAUAAACACAAAGAUAUAUUACCUGAAAUUGUGCGUGACACGCCGAGAAAUCCUUUAAUCGGGUCUAGUAUUAAAAAAAAUAGCCCAAUUGUAACGGAAAAUGAUUUGGCUCUAGUUUUUCGAGGGAGAAGAUAUGCUAUUCCACCACAAUUUUAUGAAAACGACGAUGAUGACGAUGAAGAAUUCAAAAUGGACAUAAAACCGCGGAAUUUAUUACCUCUUUUUUUGGCUGAAGCUGCAAGUUCAUCACAAUCUGCAGAGUCCGUCGAAUCUAAUAUAACAAAAAAAGCAAACAACGACAAAGAUGAACCUACAAUAAAUAUUUCCACGGCAAACACAACGAAAGCUAAAGAUGAUUCCGACAAUUCCUCUGAAAAACCUACGAAAAAAUCAGGCUCACGAAACAAACGUAUCACUGAUUAUGGUAAAGGUACAAAACGAAAUUAUUCUAAGCCAACUGCAACUCGAAAAUCCAAAAGAUUGAAGCAUAUGACAACUAAGAGUUCUGAUUUAUUAUCAUCUAUUUCUAAUGGAUUUACAGAUGGAUUGGCAAAAUUCGAUAUUGAAUUACAAGUACCUAAACUUAACAAAUAUUUUUUCCACAAAUUUAUAAAAAAAGAUGAUCCUUCCGAUACUUCAGGGAAUUCUGGUGCAGUUGCUUUAUUUAUGAGUGGCGAAAAAGACGAUGAGAUAUGGAAAACCAUCCAGAAAAAAGUCAAUUCGGAAUAUAUUGAUCAUGAAGAAGGGCUUAAGUUACCUAAUAUCGUGGUUAUUGGAAGUCAGAGUUCUGGUAAAAGUUCUGUACUCGAAGUUAUCGUUGGACAUGAAUUUUUGCCAAA